GCAGGCAUCCGUGGAGUCAUGAGGCGGAAAGGUGGUGCAGAUCCGAGGGGGGGACCAGAGGUGCCCCCCCGAGUCCGGUUCAUCCGGCGACAAACUUUUCUGUGCGGUUUUCACGUCACCUGGACGCCGAACAUAAAUUUUUGGCAUCCUAUGCAAAUAUAUGCUGACGUAAAAGAUCAUGUGGUUUUUGUCGUCGAUCCCCCCUAUGAGCAACGAGGAGGCUUUUUUUUUUUUUUCCUCCUCUCUACUGUUGUCUUUAGGUUAGCUAUGCUACAAUCUUUACUGUACCCAGCGCUAGCUAUAUGCGCUCCGCACCGCACCACUCUGGAUAUCCGGGGAUAAAUCAACUURCAGCCCGUCGCGCCUCGAACACCGCCCGCUGCUAGCAGAUCCUAGAGGAGGAGAUUACCCUGAGUGCUGCUGUCCUGAGCGACGUCCAGCAGCAAGUCAGACGGAGAGAAGGAGAGAAAGGAGCAAGCUGUGUUCGCAGGAGGAGGAGGAGAAAGCUCAGGACGAGCCCCGCCCCUUGCAGUGAAGCCCCUCCCCUUCGAGGAAGUGCACUUGAGUCCUACUGCUGUCUGUGAUGCCCUCCCAUGACGCCCAGGUCAGGAGCUGACACUGCCAGUGAGCGGGAGACGCCACUGCACAGCCGGUCUUUGGUCUGCAUCAUCAGCCGGUUCCUACCCUCCCUCUUACACACAGGAAACUGCUCUUCCUCUCGCCUAACAGUAUCCACCGCCAUCAGCUACGAUUCAUCCCAGUAAGAUUUGCUUAAAAACCCCGACACGCUGACGUCCUCGAUCACCAGCACAAUCAGCCAAAAACCGCAAUCUUGUCAACACAAUCAGCAGCACCAGCAGCACCAUAACCACCACCAGCAGCAACAGUAAGCAUGUCCAGUCGUAGAAAGUCCUCCACUCCAUGCAUGGUUCGGGUCAUCAAUGACGUGCCUGAUGAUCAAGAUGAUUCAGAGGAUGUGAUGGACAUUAAAACACUGCCCUGUAACAUUAUGACUGAAAACGAAGAAUCGGAAUCACUUGAAUCCACAGAAAAAAAACAAAGCCCACAACAGGAUUUUGUAGAAGGUACAGACCAGCAGACAAUGUCAAAACAGGCAAAAACACAAAAUAUUGAGCCAUUAGUACAAAAGGAGCUUGAACCUGAUGUCAUUGAAAAUGUUGAAUCCAGAGGAUUGAAAGACAAGGAAGACUCCGAAUCUGAACAAGUAUCACAGAAAAAACAACCAAGAGGCUAUGAGUGCAAAUAUUGUCCAUUUUCGACUCAGAAGCUGAAUGACUUUAAGGAACACGUGGACUCCAGCCAUCCGAAUGUCAUUCUAAAUCCAUUGUACCUCUGUGCUGUGUGCAAUUUCAACACCAAGAAGUUUGACUCACUCACAGAGCACAAUGAGAGCCAGCAUCCAGGCGAGACGAACUUUAAGUUCAAACGGAUAAAAAGGAACAAUCAGACUAUCUUGGAACAGACAAUCGAAGGCAAAGACAAUUCAGUUGAAUGCGAAAUGACAAAUGAUCAAGGUGAAGGCAACGGCGCGUCUGUGUUUCCACCUUGCAUAUCAACCACGGUGAAAAACCCAGGUAUUGUACCGUCACUCUACGGAGGGGCAGAACUUACAAACCGGCUGGAGGGUUUGAUCCAGAAGGAUCAAAUCACAGCAGUGAAUAUCAAUGGAACAGUCAUCAUCCCUGAACCCACCAUCAUCCAAGGGCUCUCCCAUGUCUCCCCAAUGCUCCAGCGCCCACCCAACUUUAAUUCUGUACCAAAAAUAGCCGUUCCUUUGAACACUACCAAAUAUAACCCAUCUUUAGAUGAUAACCUGACUUUGAUUGCCUCCUUUAAUAAGUUUCCUUACCCAACACACGCUGAGCUGUCAUGGCUUACAGCUGCCUCCAAGCACCCCGAGGAACAGAUCAAAGUGUGGUUCACCACGCAACGACUGAAGCAAGGCAUCACCUGGUCUCCGGAAGAGGUGGAGGAAGCGAGGAAGAAAAUGUUCAAUGGUUCUAUCCCUCCUUCCCAUCACACAUUCACUACUUCCAUUUCCCUGUCCUCUCCCAAAGCCUCCAAGCAGCCAGUUGUCCACACAACAGUGGAGCACCCAGGUCAAGUUCGAACAACUGCAUCCAACCUAAGUAUUGUCACUACCACACCGGCUGGUUCUACCCACACCCUGAAAAGAUCCCUACCAGCACACCUUAUGUCAGCGUUUGGUCCAGAUUCAAAACGACCUAUCAUGGCAGUCGCUCCCCAUUCUGGCGACCCUAAAGACAAGGUCCUAAUGGCUCCUCCCCCACCACCACCCCCUCCCUCGCAGAAAGACCGCAUGCCAAUGGCCCCACCUUCCAUUCCCAUGGAGAACAAGCGACCUGUAGCAGCUUCUCUGGUCAAUUCAGAAGCAAAGAGGCCAUCUCUUGCUGUGCCUUUAAUGCCACCACCAUCAUUGUCGUUAUCACAAUCUUUGUCAUCCAAAGGGAAAAUUCUCUCUGCAAUAGGAAACUCGAAGGCAAAGCCACCUCUAAGCUCAAUGCCCUCAAUAGUGUUUCCAGAGUCCCUAACAAGACCAAUGAUAGCUCCCCCACCUAUAUGUGCCCCUCCAUUUAAAAACUCUUUACUUGUCCCUCGUACUUCGAACGUCAGUUCCAAAGAAAAGCAUACUAAUGCCCACGCAUUGCCAGCUCCUGAUCUGACUCUACCAAGCUCCCCUCCACCCAAUAACUCUCAUUUAAAGCGGCCAACCAUUAUACAGUCUGUUCGCACUCCAGCAAAAGCCCCUUCCCAAAUUCAGGGGUUCCCUAUCAAUGGCAAAACACUAAAGGAACAGCAAGGUUUGGAGCUGAAAAACAGUUACCCCAGAGGGGAUAAGGUCAUCAGUCCUCUGGCAGAAGCUAAUGGGACAUCACGUAUUGACAGUAAAUGGUCCCAGGAUCAGACAUUUCCUGCUCACAACAACGGAAUUAUACAUUUAGACGGUGAUGAGACACCAGCAAGCCGAAAGCAAGAUUUUCAGCAAAAGUCCUCGGUCUUGACUCAAUUUCCCUUGCUAGAGAGGAUGAAAGGAAAGUCAGCAAAACAACUGAAGAUCCUAGAGGAGAGUUUCUUGCGGAACAGCUUCCCCACACAUAGCGACGUGAACAAUCUGGCAGCCACUACUGGCCUGUCUCACCAUGAAAUCGACAGCUGGUUUGUGGAGCGGCGUGCACUACGUGACAACUUGGAACAAGCCCUUCUCAACUCCAUGGGCACCAAGAAGACAGGAAUGGGUGAUUUUGCUGGCAUAACUGAGAAACAACUACAUCCGCAACAGCAUCCAACCCUCCAGAUGAAUGGCAUUCACAAAACAAGCACGAACAUGGGCAGUCUCAAAAGCUCUUCUCCACCUCUGCACGCCCUCUCCAUUAUUUCUCCCAGCGCUAUUGCAGCCUCCAUCCCUAACCCAAACUCUUUCUCAGUGCCUCCAGACAACCGAUCACUGGCGCUCCUCAAGGACGAUUUUGCUCAAACACGGUGGCCUUCCCCUGAGGAGCUCAGCCAGCCGGACAGUCGGACAGGACUUGCUCGCUCUGAACUCGCCCGCUGGUUCACGAACACACGGCUGCAGAGCUGCGGCAUGGAACUGAAAGAACUUUUCUACAACAAUGGAAUGAAUGGAGGGCAGAGGCAGCUGGUGUAUUCCCCUGAGAGCACUCCUCCCAACAUCUUCCAGCGUUGUCAGGACGCAGCCGUAACAAACAACAGUAAGGUGCUGGAGGUUGAGCUGGACUGGCUGAUGGACCAGCGUUCAAACAGUCAACAGCACACGGAGCUCCAAGACCGGUUUGCUGGCAGACUGAGGCAGCAGAGCGUGGCGGAGAUGAAGAACGGGGCUCAGAAUGGCGGCGUCUUGGGAGGAGCGCGGGAGGUGUUCGGGAGCUGGCUGGAGGACGGACCUUUGAGGAGAGGACGGGACCUGCUCCUGGACAGAGACAGGAAGAUGGCGGAGGACGCGUCUGGGCGGCUUACGGGAUAAACGGUGCAAAUGGGAUUCGACGCRUUCACCGCCACCAAUGCUGCUGGAAUCAUAAAGGAGGAAAGAAUCUGAAGAACGGAGCAACAAAAAAGUUUUUUUUUUUAAUUAACAGAUAUCGUACUGUAUUUUUUGUCCAAAACUGAUUUUUAUCUCUUGAUUGUCGCAUCCGAGGUCACGCACAACAUCCUUCUCUGUCCUUUUUCUUUGAGGCAAUCUCGUCAGUGUUCUUAACCCGAAGCAACCCCUGCAUAGAUGUGACGUUCGCAACAAAAAGAUGAGUUUAAAUGAGAC